GAGGCGGAGGCGGAGGCCCGUGUGCGGCUGGGGCCGGCGGCCGGUGGAGGAGUGAGGGCGGCGAAGGACCUGAGAGGAAGUCGGGCCGGGGGCCGCCGCCGCCGCCAUGCAGGAGAUCAUCGCUAGCGUGGACCACAUUAAGUUCGACUUGGAGAUCGCGGUGGAGCAGCAGCUCGGGGCGCAGCCGCUGCCCUUCCCCGGCAUGGACAAAUCGGGGGCUGCUGUCUGCGAGUUCUUCCUGAAAGCUGCCUGUGGCAAAGGGGGCAUGUGCCCAUUCCGCCACAUCAGCGGCGAGAAGACAGUUGUGUGCAAACACUGGCUGCGUGGGCUGUGCAAGAAAGGGGACCAGUGCGAGUUCCUGCAUGAGUACGACAUGACCAAGAUGCCCGAGUGCUACUUCUAUUCCAAGUUCGGGGAGUGCAGCAACAAGGAGUGCCCCUUCCUGCACAUCGACCCCGAGUCCAAGAUCAAGGACUGCCCCUGGUAUGACCGCGGCUUCUGCAAGCACGGUCCCCUGUGCAGGCACCGGCACACGCGGAGAGUCAUCUGUGUGAAUUACCUCGUGGGAUUCUGCCCGGAGGGCCCCUCGUGCAAAUUCAUGCACCCUCGGUUUGAACUGCCCAUGGGAACCACGGAGCAGCCCCCACUGCCGCAGCAGACACAGCCUCCAACCAAGCAAAGUAACAAUCCGCCAUUACAAAGGUCGUCCUCCUUGAUCCAGUUAACGAGUCAGAACUCUUCUCCCAAUCAGCAGAGAGCCCCGCAGGUCAUCGGGGUCAUGCAGAGUCAAAGCAGCAGUGCUGGCAACCGGGGACCCCGGCCGCUGGAGCAGGUCACCUGUUACAAGUGUGGUGAAAAAGGACACUACGCCAACAGAUGCACCAAAGGGCACUUGGCCUUUCUCAGUGGACAGUGACAGCAGCCGGAGCCAGCUCAGAGCAGCCCGCGGGGCCCCGCUGUUGGGAGCCUGCGUUUUACUGCUCAGUGCAGUGGCGGUGCGGCCCUGGCUAGAGCUGGCAGGCAGGUGCUGGGGGGCCACGUCUGUUCAUUCCCUAUCAUCUUGCUGUAAUCUGUUUUUAAGGAGGGACACGCGCUUCAGUUGGGUUCCCUAAGUCGCCAUCAUGUUUGUCUAGACCUCCUUUCUGGGGCUCCCACCCCCCACCCCCCACCCCCGGGGGGCUGGGGGAGGGUAAGGGGCGGAGUUGCUGGGGAAAGGCUUUGUCGGGAGGAUGGCCUUUCCCUCAGUGCCUCAUCAGACCCCAGCUCUUGGUGACCCCAGGGACGGGUGGGUCACUCAGAGCCGUAGCCAGGUCAUACCUGCUUCCUUGGUGUCCUGCUGAACCCUGAAGCUGUGCCUGUCCAUGUGACUUGAAGGAGGGGUCCUUCAUGGCAAGCUAAGUGCACGCACUGCCUCAGCCAGGCCCUGGUCCACCACGGACGUGCGAGGGUGCAGGACUCUCAGGUGAGAUUCUCCCGGGACACCUGCCUGGCAGUGUUUCAGGCCCACCUUCAGCUGGAGCUGCAGACUGCUCUUUAAAUAGCUGACCUAGCCCACCUGCGCCUACCUCCUGCCCACCCAGCGGCUGCUGUCACUUGGACACCUGUGGCAUGCAGAAGAGACCGCCCUGCCCGAGCCUGGAAAAUGUGAAACCAUCGCCUGCAGCCUGCAGGGCAAGUGGGCCUAUCCAAGUUCAAUUGCAGGAACAAUUUUUAUGGAGUUGAUUAAAGCUUGUUUUUUAA